AUGUCUGACUCAGAAGGUGAAGCGUAUGAAAAACAAGUAAAAAUUGUUCUCGUUGGCGAUGGCAGUUCUGGCAAGUCAUCAAUAUCUGAAAGAUUUUCCAAAGAUGCAUUCAAUCGUGAUUAUAAUCAAACAUUAGGCAUCGAUUACUAUUUAAAACGAAUUAAUCUAACUCGUUCCUAUAAUGUUACAUUAGCUGUAAAUGAUGUAGGUGGACAAACAUUAGGUGGUGCCAUGUUAGACAAAUAUAUUUUUGGAGUCGAUAUUGUUUUGUUGGUUUAUGAUAUUACAAAUUUACAAAGUUUUGAGAAUCUCGAAGAUUGGUAUCUGACAAUAACUAAAUAUUGUGCCGGUAGAAAACCAUUGUUUGCUCUUGUUGGCAAUAAAAGCGAUCUUGAACAUUUACGUGCCGUAAAACUUGAACGACAUCAACGUUUUGCUAAAGAACGCGAUAUGCUAUCAUAUUUCGUGUCAGCUAAAACCGGUGAAUCUGUAGAAAAUUUAUUUCGUCAAGUUUCAGCUCAUUUAAUGCAUAUCGUUUUGCCUAAGCAUGAUUCUGAUGCAUCACGUAUAAUAACAGCACCAAUCACUCGGCAAGAACAAAGUAAUGCACCAGCACCUAUUAAAUCGCCACGAUCAGCAGGCACCACGCGGACAUCGAUUUGUACUAUACAAUGA